GAAGAAAUUUUUCUUCAGCCGCUCACUUAAGCAACCCACAGUCACUCUUUACCAGCCUCUCAUCACUUUCUCUACCACUCUCGCACUCUACGCGUAAUCAUCUAAUUCCACAAAACAACAACAACAUGUUCUCCAAGGCCUCCAUUGUCGCUAUCUUUGCCAGCUUUGCCGCUGCGCAGCACGUCGCUGUUGGCGACCCAACCGGCAACCCCAUCACCCGCCCGUUGAACGAGGUCGUCCCCGCUUGCCAGGCCUUCACCAUCACCUGGACCCCAACCACCACCAACACCAUCUCCCUCAUCCUUCUCCGUGGCCCCUCGACCAACGUCGUUCCCCUCGGCGCUCCCCUCGCCGUCGGCAUCCCCAACUCGGGCUCUUUCACCUGGACCCCUGCGUCCACCCUCGAGGCUGAUGUCUCCCACUACGGCCUUCAGCUGAUCGACGAUGUCAACGGCCAGUACCAGUACUCGACUCAGUUCGGUAUCUCCAAGGAUGCCUGCUCCGUUUCCUCGUCCAGCGUUGUCGCUUCGUCCAGCGCCGCUGUGUACCCCUCCAGCGCUGUCGUCGUUGCUUCCAGCUCCGCUGACACCGGCUACGGCUACGGAGCUGCUUCUUCCUCCGCUGCCGCCGCCUACUCUACUCCUGCUGCCGUCACCAAGAGCGCCGUUUCAUCCUUGAGCCCCCCUUACCCCACCGUGGUCCCUGGCACCGGUGCUGGCUACAACUCCAGCAUGGUCAUCGUGCCCUCCGGCACUGCCCCUGCCUCAACCAAGCCAUCUGCCACCUCUUCCACCAACGGCACUGCUGUCUUCACCGGUGCCGCUGAUGCCAAGCACGCCGGUCUCACCUUUGUCGGUGCUUUCGCUGCUCUUGCCUACUUCCUGUAAGCAUCCCGCGCUUAGAGACUCAAAAUUCACUUCUCUCUGCGUCGCGCAUCUGCGCUUUAAGGAUGCUUAAUGUCAUGACUGCUUUCGUUUCUUGAUACCCGUCCAGGCGGAGCAGGGUCCGCUGGUCCACUUGGGUCUGAACAUCUUGUUUAGUUUCCAUUUUGGCUUUGCUGCAUAGUGGAAAGUGGAUGGAUGUAAUCUAGCCAAGAAUGCAUGUUGCUUAACUCUUGUUUUGAAAGACUUCUUCAUCGUGACCUUCUGUGAUUGCUGAUGCUUGAUCUGAUAGGGUUGCAAUACCUUUUCACUUUGCCAUCUCUUUGUAAUACGCAUCAUAGUGUUGAUUGUUCCGUUCUGUGUUCGUGAUCACUACAUGCCCUUCCCCGCACUAGUCAGAUGCUUCGACGUCGUCAAAGAGUUGGUUACCAAUCGAUGACGUUGUUGGAAUAACAUUAGCCUACCAAUAGUUAAACAGACAAUGUAACUACCGAUGUUGCC